GUCCAGCUCGCUACCAGAAAGUUUCACAGCAAGAAACCGGCGGAGCGAGCUGGUGCGUGAGCGCGCGAUAGACUGAUCGAGUGUGUGUACAGAGCAACUCGGCAAUGGGAACUAGAGCGACCCUUUUGCUCCUCAUCGCCGUGCUAUGCUACGGCCUGACGUGCGUGGCUGCUGCUCAUCAGCACCGCCACCGCCACAAGGAGGAGGAGGAGGAGGGAGGAGGAGACUGGAGGGGAGAGAGGGAAGAGAGAGUAGAGAGGAAGGAGAGAGGAGAGAGCAUGUUCCUGCUGCGGGACUGGAAGCGCGUGGUGCACACGGACGCCGGCGAGAUGAAGGUCCUGAGGAGCUUCAGGGGUGGGAGGAGCGCCGAGAGGACGACGCGCAUCGGCUUCGUCACCAUGGAACCUUGCACUCUCUUCAUCCCCCAGUAUACUGAUUCCAGCUUGGUCCUCUUCGUCCGCAAAGGCAAGUCUGACUGCAUUAUCAAUUGUCGCUUUGCUUCAAACAAACUUGGGCUUUGAUCGUUGAUCAGAUUGCCAUGUGGGGGUCACUGUCAAUUUGGAUUGUGACGGGCAUGACUCGAAAGGCUCGGUUUGAUUGCUUGCAGGAGAAGCGAGACUCGGGACGAUAUACAGAAAUGACGCAGUCGAGAGAACUCUGCGAAACGGGGACGUGUAUAGAGUUCCGGCCGGCUCCGCAUUCUACUUGGUGAACGCCGGAGAGAAACAGACGCUCCACGUCAUUUGCAGCAUCGACAUGGACGCGUCCGAGGACUUGCCAA